GUGUGGUGCCGAGCCAAUUUCUUCUCAUCCCAAGGGCUAAACUGUAAAAAUUCGCCACUUCCGGACUCCCCCCUUCCCCCACACUCCGGUUUACCGUCGCCGUCUCUCCGACCGGGCCACCUCAUCGGCGACAUGCCGGAAACUGUGGCGGAGGCCAACCUCCGCAGGCAACUGGAGCAAACCCUCGCCGCCGACCCCUCCAGCCCGCUCCACCACUACAACCUUGGCGUCUUCCUAUGGGGCCGCGCGGAGGCGGAGCAGGAGGGCGAUGGGGACGAGGCGCGGCGGCUCCGCGCGGCGGCGGCGGAGCAUUUUCUCGCCGCAGCCAAGCUGAACCCCAACGAUGGCGUCCCCUUCCGCUUCCUUGGCCACCACUACGCUCGUGGCGGCGACACGCAGCGAGCGGCCAAGUGCUACCAGCGCGCAGUGGCGCUCAACCCUGACGAUGCCGAGGCUGGGGAGGCGCUCUGUGACUUGCUAGAUGUAGAGGGGAAGGAGAGCUUGGAGCUUGCUGUGUGCAAUGAGGCAGCUGGCAAGUCACCUCGCGCAUUCUGGGCCUUUGGGAGGCUUGGCUACUUGCAGGUUCAUCAGAGGAAAUGGUCAGAUGCCAUACAAAGCCUUCAGCAUGCAAUACGAGGUUACCCAACAUGUGCAGAUUUAUGGGAGGCACUUGGUCUGGCAUACCACCGUUUGGGCAUGUUCACUGCAGCAGUAAAGUCAUAUGGACGAGCUAUUGAACUUGAUAGUUCCAGGGUCUUUGUGUUGAUAGAAAGUGGAAACAUCCAGCUAAUGCUUGGCUAUUUCAGAAAGGGAGUUGAACAGUUUCGUUCUGCUUUGGAAAUGGCUCCACACAAUCAUUCGGCAUACUUUGGACUUGCUUCUGCAUUGCUUGCAUGGGCAAGGAAUUGUGUAACUACUGGGGCCUUUGGCUGGGCUGCUAGCCUGUUGAAGGAAGCAUCUGAAGCUGCCAAAAAUUGUGCUUCAUUGACUGGAAACCUUUCAUGUGUUUGGAAAUUGCAUGGAGAUGUUCAGCUCGCACUUGCAAGAUGCUUUCCAUGGGAGGAUGGGAAGAUCAAAAGGGGUGUGGAUGUGCAGAUGUUCAAAGAUUCUGUUCAGGAGUGGAGAAAUGCAUGUUUGUCAGCGGCAAAUGGUGCAAAACUCUCAUAUCAACGGGCUUUGCAUCUUACACCCUGGGAAGCUAAUGUUCACAAUGAUACUGCUGUAUGUCUUGAUCUAAUUUAUUCCAUGGAUGGCAAUAACAGACACAACCCAAAUUUUUGGGAGCUGUCAGAGAAAAUGUCACUUGGUGCCUUGAUACUGGAACCAGUUAAUAAGGAUUUCUGGGUUACAUUGGGUUCAAUGUCACAUGAUCUGGCUUUGAAGCAGCAUUCUUUUAUCAGGGCACUUCAUCUUGAUAUGUCUCUGUCUGAAGCUUGGGCAUACCUUGGAAAGAUUUACAGGCAAGCAGGUGAUAAGCAAUUGGCAAAGGAAGCAUUUGAUCGAGCUCGAAGCAUUGAUCCUUCAUUGGCCUUGCCGUGGGCUGGAAUGUCGGCGGAAAACUAUCACCAAUCUGGGGGCGGUACAGUAAAUGAAUCUUUUGAAAGCUGCUUGAGGGCUGCGCAGAUCCUACCUCUGCCAGAGUUCCAGAUCGGCCUUGGAACAAUUGCUGCCCGUACUGGUAAUCUUCUUUCACCUCAGGUGUUGAUGGGUGUAAGGCAGGCUGUUCGUCGAGCACCGCAUUACCCAGAGUCUCACAAUAUAAAUGGCUUGGUUUCUGAAGUGCGAUCAGAUUUUCAGUCUGCAAUCAGAUUUUACCAUCAAGCAAGAUUUGCUUUAGGCAUGAUGUACAAUUCCAAGUCAGACAAUAAAUAUGCUCUUGCUGAUGUUUCAGUGAACCUUGCCCGGUCAUUAUACAAGGCCGGUCUUGCAACUGAUGCAGUGCGGGAGUGUGAAGAGUUGAGAUCUCAAGGACUGCUGAGCAUGGAUGGAUUACAGAUAUAUGCUCUUGCACUGUGGAAAACUGGACGAAGUGAGGAAGCUCUUUCUGUAUCUAGAAACUUAGCUGAAAAUUUAUCAGGCAUGAAGCCGGAGAGUGCAACUGAGGCUUUGGGAUUCAUAUGCACAUUGACAUAUGCAAUUUCUGGGAAGGACACUGCAGCUGCUGUCAUUCACAAGCUUCCUGGCCAACUCAAUUAUAGCUCGCAGUUGAAAUUUAUUAUUUCUGCAUUGGAUGCUUUGCAUCCAAACAAGCGUUUCCAGUUGCCUCAGUUGAGCAUGCCUCCUAGGCUUACAUCCUAUGAAGUGAUGAGUGAAGUCCACUCGAAUAUUGCUCUUGGGAAGGCGAUUGGAGGGGAAUUGGACAAGCCUUUGAGGGUUGAUGCUAGUUUGUCUUACCUAAAAAAGGUCCUGCACAUGUAUCCCAACUGCAGUUUAGUGAGAAACCAACUUGGAUCUCUGCUCCUGUGGAGUGGAGAUUGGAUGGCUUCUCAUAAAGCUGUAAGGGUUACUUCUCUGACACAUGGUCACACAUCCAGUAUGGGCCUAAGAUCUGCACAUCAGAUUCAAGCAUGUGCAAUGGUUUGUUGCUAUGCUACCUGCACCUCUUACCCAAAGUUCUCCUUCCCAACAUGUGAACACCAGUACUUAAGUGAACAUGAUGAAAUACACCACCUGCAAAGGUUGGUUCAUCGUGAACCAUGGAACCAAGAUGCACGCUACCUGCUUGUCCUUGCUAUUUUCCAGAAGGCACGUGAAGAGAAGUACCCCAAACAUAUCUGUAUCAUUCUGAAGAGGCUCAUUUUGCAAGUGCUAUCCAACAUUAGCAAUUCACGUGAGAACAAAGUUGUGCAGCAUGAGGUGUUCUUGCUUCUUCUUUUAUCUUCAGAAAUCUGUUUGCAAUAUUUAGACUAUGAGAAUUGCAUUGGUCAAGCUAAAGAAGCUCUAAGAAUGACUGCCUCUAGCUGUGUUGAUACUUUCUUUGCACACUUGCAACUGUGUCGGGCCUAUGCAGUGCAAGGGGAUCUUUUGAACUCCAGGAAUGAGUACAUGAACUGCUUGAAAAACCAUACGAAUAUUGAGAUGGGUUGGGUAAUUCUGAAGCACCUUGAAUCUGCAUGUUCAUUGGAGGCCUCUUCUGAUGAAAUAGAUAUAAAUCUUCGUGAGUGCAUUAAAAGGAAUGGCAGUGACCCAUCGAAAUGGAUGUCUCUUUUCAAUCUAGUCUGUGCUCAGUGCUUUGUAUGGGACGAAAACUUUGCAAGUGCUGAAAAAGCUCUUGCUCAGGCAUGCGCUGAAGGAGAUCCCGAUAGCUGCAUCUUAUUCUUCAAUGGUGCAACAUGUAUGGAAAUUGCCCGGAGGUUUGCAGCUCCUCAAUUUAUAUCCCGUGCAUCUUCCAGCCUCAGAAAGGCCCAGCAGAAAUCACAUGCUUCGUUACCUCUGGUGUCACUUCUACUGGCACAAGCCGAGGGCAGCCUUGGCUCCAAAACCAAGUGGGAGAAGAACCUUCGCCUGGAAUGGUUCUCAUGGCCCCCAGAACUGCGGCCUGCGGAGGUGUACUUCCAAAUGCACCUGCUGGCGAGGCAGUCGGCCGCUGCCGCUUUCCAGCAGAACCAGCUGGUGGAGACGAUGCAGAACCCCGAGAGCUGGCUUCUUCGGGCGAUUCACCUGAACCCGUCCUGCUCCCGGUACUGGAAGGCUCUGAUGCAGCUUAUGGACGCGUAACCUUUCGUCUCUGAAGUGUUUUGUUCCUUCACAUUCGAGCCGCCGGCGUGUUGUUGUAAGAUGUAGCCCCUAGAUUGGCUGGGAUUGAUGCCGACCAGUGUGCGACUUGCAUGUCGUAAAUGCAUGCUGCUUUGGGUUCGUUAGCAGUAGUACUAUCUUGUCUUUCGAUCGUAUACUACUGGAGAGCUUGUAGGAUCGGACUGUUGUUUUGUUUUUCCAGUGCUGUAACCUACAUUUUGCGGGAGCAUUGUUUCGAAAUGGAUACCUCUCGUUUUCAGACUCAA